UAAAAGUUGGGCAUGUUAUUACAGUAUCUGGAAAAGUAGGAUGACACAUUUGUGUCGGGAGUUAAACACUACUUCCGGGGUAGACCCUGCAGCUUACUGAGGUAGCGUACACUAAAAUCCAGGCUUUCGUGCCUGACAGCAUUCUGUUGGGGUUGCCAUGGCAUCGUAUGGGCGACAAGAGUUCCUACAGGCACUAGCAGAAGGCUGUAUAAUCCCCACUGUACAUCAAGGCCUGGAGCAGGUUUGGCAGCUGCUACUGGUCUGCCUCCUUUGUCGCCUCAUCUGCAGACUGGGUCUGUCGUCUAACGUGAAGCACCUUACCUCCCUGGUCGGAGGGCUCUAUGUUCUGUACCUGUUCUUCGAGCAGCACAUGGUGUGGGUGAUUAUGCUCAGUCUGCUCUGCUACCUCAUUCUUGUCCUAUGCCAACGCUCGAGCGUCCGAGGUGUCUUCCUCUCCCUCGCCAUCCUCAUCUACCUCCUCAUGGGAGAGCUGCACUUGAUAGAGCCUGCGACCUGGCAUAAAAUGAGAGGCUCGCAGAUGGUGGUAGCGAUGAAAGCCAUCUCUCUGGCCUUUGACCUUGACCAAGGUACUGUACCCUCCUUUCCGUCCUCUCUGGAGUUCAUGGGAUACAUCUGCUUUGUGGGAACCGUUAUAUUUGGUCCUUGGAUUAGCUUCACCAGCUAUAAAGAGGCUAUGAAUGGCCGCAAAAUGAGUCUCCUGUGGUUUGCCAAGAUUGCUGGAGGCUUUGUCAAGAGUCAGAUCUGCUUGGUUAUAUCAAACUGCAUUGCUCCCUAUCUCUUUCCUUACUUCAUUCCAAUCUAUUGGGAUGGUCUACUGCGCAAGUGGCUUCAUGCCUAUGAGAACGCUUUAUCCUUUCACUUCAGCAACUACUUUGUGAGUUACCUGAGUGAAAUAACGACUGUCAUGGCUGGUGCUGGAUUCACAGAACAUAAGGACAACCUCAAAUGGGACCUGACAGUUGCCAAGCCGCUCAACGUGGAGUUGCCCAGGUCCAUGGUAGAGGUCGUGACCUCGUGGAAUCUUCCCAUGUCUCGCUGGUUAAACACGUAUGUUUUCAAAAGUGCACUGAAACUGGGCACGUUUCCUGCCAUUUUGGUUACCUACACUGCCAGUGCAUUGUUACAUGGUCUCAGUUUUCAUCUUGGAGCAGUGCUUUUGUCUCUUGGUUUUAUCACCUAUGUUGAGCAUGUUCUGAGGAAGCGUCUGGCAGCCAUCUUCAGUGCCUGUAUUCUGUCAAAACGCUGUCCAGCUGAUUGCCAUCAUCAGAACAAGAAGAAUGUGUGGGUGUAUGCGGUUAAUCUGGCCUUCAGCGCUCUAUCCAUAUUUCAUCUGAUGUACCUGGGCUCUCUGUUUGACUCUGAUGCGGAUAACAUGGAUGGAGAGCAGGGUUACAUGGCCAGUCAUACCAUUCAGAAGUGGUCGGAACUAAACUGGGCCAGCCACUGGGUGACUUUGGGGUGCUGGGUCUUCUAUUUGCUUAUUUAACGAGGACACAAUCAUGAACUGAAAGCAGAAUCAUGUUAUCUAUCCUUCGAGAAGGGACUAAACAGGACCUUGUGGAUGAAACUGAUCACUGGCUCUCCAUGCCAUGCUAACUGGGCUAACUGGACUUCUGCUG